AUGUUUCGUUAUAAUCAUUUGUUGAUUAUCAUAAUUCAUUUAAAAUUUUGUUUUACAUCCAAUAGUAAUGAACAAUGUGUUCUUCGAGAUACAUGUAAAAAUUCAUCGUUUAUAUCUCCGUCAAUUUACAAUCAAGAUUCUUUCAUACAAUCACGAAAUUGUUUUUGUGACUCUGUUUGUCAGCAAUAUGGUGACUGUUGUGAAGAUACUAAAGUAUCAACCAAUAAAUAUGAAUGUGUAGAUUAUCUUUUACCUAUAAUGUCAAAUACAAUGCCUUCAUCUAAUCGAUUAUUCGUUUGGAUGCGUACUGAAUGCUUACCUAUAUAUAUUGGUUCACAAGUUGAUAGACAAUGCCGAAAUUUAAAUAAUCAAACAUUUAAUCAUAAUCCAAUAUUAUUUAUUCCAGUAACAAGUUUACAAACAAAUAUCACAUAUAGGAACUACUAUUGUGCUUAUUGUAAUAAUGAUGCAAGUAAUAAUAUAAAAUUUUGGGAAUAUAAACCGUGGUGUCAUGGGCAAGGUAAUGAUAAUGAUUAUCUUAUUUUAAAUGAUGAUCAACAAGUUGAAUAUUAUAUCCAUAAUUUAACCAAAAAUUGUUUAAAAACAAUUCUUUAUCCACGUGAUCGAGGGAAUGCUCACCCAUCUGUUUUUAUUCGACCAUGUAAAAAAGUUGUCCCAUCAACUUGUCCUCCGAAUACAUCAAUUGAGCUAACUCAAAAUUGUUCGUCAUUUGUCACAGCUUAUCGUUAUGUACCAGAUUCAGAUAUUAUCUAUCGUAAUUUCUAUUGUGCCAAAUGUAAUAAUGUCAAUAAUAAUUAUGAAAUAACAUGUGUGGAUCCAUAUAUUCGUUCAUCAUCAGCUUUCGUCAUACACAUACGUGUUCAUCCACUAUCAAUACUAUUUGAUCCUAAUCUUCUUAAACGCUAUUUAAAUAAUAAUACAAUACCUCAUGCUAUCUAUUCAAUUAAUUACAAUUGUACAAAUCCAAAUGAAUUGUAUGAUUUAUUUGAAAAAAAUUGCACACAAAUUACAAAUUCAAAUCAUGAAUUUAUUAUUUCAAUGAAAUGUUCAUAUCCAAUUCAAACAUUGAUUCAAUCAAACGAUAAGAUAUAUAAUAAUAAUGGAAGUAUUUAUCUUGAUAAUUAUACACUUUUAUUAAAAAAUGAUGAGUAUGUUGUUAUUAGUAACAAUAGAAUUGUUUUUUGUAUUGAUAAUUGGAUGAAUUUGGAACCAUCAUACGUAAUGACGAGUUCGUUUCCAUUUUAUCGUAAUCUACUAUCUAUCGUUUUUACUUCUAUUUCUCUUGGAUGCCUUUUAUUGUUUGGUAUUUUUUUUGGGUUAAUUCCUUUCUUGAACAAUUUACCAGGAAAAUGUUUAUUAUUUCUUUCAAUAUCAUUGUUUAUUGGUCAAUUAACAUUUAUUUCUACUUCAAAUCUAACUGAGCAUAAAUCUGUAUGUUUUAUAUCAGCUAUAAUCAUUCAUUAUUUUUAUUUAUCCUCGUUUUUUUGGUUAUUAAUAAUAGCCAUUCAUAUUUUUUCAACAUUUAAUCAUCAAACAGUACAACAUGAUAAAAAUGAUAAAAACCAUACUCGUCUGAUAGCCUAUAAUGUACUUAUCUUUUGUUCAACUGGUAUUAUUCUAUUAAUAGCUUGUGUAAUUCAAUUUACGGUGCCACAAUCACAAUUUUCUCCAGCAUAUGGUUCAAUUUAUUGUUCGAUUUCAAAUGCUAAUGCUAUGAUCAUAUUCUUUCUUUUACCUAUUGGCUGUAUUUUCGUAAUCGUCACAGUUUUAUUCAUAAAAACGAUUCUGGCUAUUCAUCGGUCACAUCGUAUUGCUAAAUUAGCCGCUGUUACGUCUUCAUCAAAUAUGAAAAAUGCUAACAUCGCAUUUGUCUAUGUUCGUUUAGCAUCAUUGAUGGGUAUUCAAUGGAUCUUCUUGAUCGGUGCUCUUGCUAUCAGACAAACGUGGCUAUGGAUUCUAUUUGAAAUAAUAAAUUCUUUACCCGGAGUAUUCAUUUGUUUUGGAUUUUUAUGUUCAAAAAGAGUUUUCGAUAAUUUAAAACAAAAAUUUUCAAUAAUAUUACCUAUUCGACAGCAAUCGUUACGACGUACUACGACAACAUCAACAAUAUUAACGUCAUCAACAUUACCAAAGAUUAACUCUAUGAAAAAAUUAUUUCACUUUUGA